AUGAGUUCCAGUACCUCGCUUCCAGCCUCUGGAGAGAUUCCAGACUCGUUCAUGGCUUCUCUCAAGGCCUGCCAGGCUCUCGUCUGGCCAGAAACAAGCUCAGAUCGCAGAAGAACGACUUUGCGGCGCAUGAGCACCUUCAGGGGCGCCAAUGAAUCAGACACGACUGCGCCAAUGUCGGCCAAUGCUCGUGUCUCUCAGGUGCAACUCUCCGACAAAUCUCGGUCGAUCAACAUGCUCUCCAUUCAGCCUACAACACCAGCUACAACACCGGCCGCAUCUACAACCGUUAUUCUGCAUGGCUAUGGCGCUGGCUUGGGGUUCUUUUCGCUCAAUCUCGACACUUUAUCGACGUGGGUCUCCAAACGGGGACAACCCGUCUACCUCCUGGACUGGCUAGGCAUGGGUCGUUCGUCUCGUCCAACGUUCAGAGUCACGGCAAAGCAUGCCGAUACUCAUCAACGGGUAUCACAAGCCGAAUCCUUUUUCCUGGAUGCGCUUGAGGAAUGGCGCAAUAAGAUGAAUAUUGACAAAAUGAACCUCGUCGGGCAUUCAUUGGGUGCUUAUCUGGUGACUGCAUACGCGCUCAAGUAUCCGCAACAUGUAGAACGUCUUGUUCUUCUCAGCCCUGCAGGCGUCAAUGCUGGUCCGAUAGCACUCUUCCAGACGACGAGCUUCAGAGAAGCAGAUCGAACCCAGAACCCGAGGACGCGAAAAGCCAAGUUAGAGAUGCAACCUCAUCGGACGUUGCUGCUUUACGGAAAGAGCAGAUCGAUCGAGGUGGCAAAAUACCAGAAAAGCAGAAAGAAAAGGAGAGCUUUGGACGACGCCUGGUAA